AGAGAAGACAGAGUGGGCACGGCCUGGGGGAUGUAGAUAUGGAUGCAGCUUCGGGCCUGAGCUGACAGCCCCUGGACCCCGGGUGGAGAAGUGGUCAGGAUCGCUGCAGGAUACCUGUAGGAUUAACGGGCGCGGAGCCAGACCUGGGCAUCUGUCGUGGGGAGGAUGCUGCACCAGGCAGUGUGGACCGGGCAGGGAGGGCCCCGCGCGGGGGCUGAGUGUCUGACCCUAGUGGAAUGACUAAGUUAGUUUUGGCUGUGAGCAGGCGAGAUGGGAGCACGCCAAGUUAUGAAACACUGAUUGCUUUGCUGGAGUGGAGAGCAUCUGGGGUCCUGCCUGGGGGCCGGAGGGAAGGGCGUGCCUGGUGCCUGAUAAAAGGUGCUGCGCAGCGCGGGGACCGCUUUCUCAGUGUCCUCCUGCAGUGCUCCUCGACGGAGGGCAACCUUGUCAGGGUGACAAGAGGACUCCGGAGCUAUUACUUACUGCACGCCGCCCAGGGCAGUCGGGGACAGACCGCAGAUUUAAUCCUCCCACUUGGCGACCCUCAGGGUAGGAAGGGGACAGAGCCACAGCCUGAGUAUGGCCACUGCAGCGUGCGAACCUGUGGCCAGGCCCAGCCUGACCUCCAUUUCGUCCGGGGAGCUGCGCAGCCUUUGGACGUGCGACUGCGAGCUGGCCCUGCUGCCCCUGUCGCAGCUGCUCCGCCUACAACCUGGUGCCUUCCAGCUGCGCGGUGAGCAGCUCCUGGUGCCCGGGCCCGGAGAACCUGGGGCCAGGCAAGGGGGCUUCAACGUCUUCGGGGACGGCCUAGUGCGCCUCGACGGGCAGCUCUACCGCCUCAGCAGCUAUAUCAAGAGAUACGUGGAACUGACCACCUACUGUGAUUAUAAAGACUACAGGGAAACGAUACUGAGCAAGCCCAUGCUAUUCUUCAUUAACGUGCAGACCAAGAAGGAGACCUCAAAAGAAAGGACCUACGCGUUUCUUGUGAACACAAGGCACCCCAGGAUAAGAAGACAGAUAGAGCAAGGGAUGGACAUGAUCAUUUCCUCGGUGAUUGGAGAAAGCUAUAGGCUUCAGUUUGAUUUCCAGGAAGUAGUGAAGAAUUUUUUCCCUCCAGGAACUAUUGUGCUGAAUGGAGAGAAUUUGAGCUUCACCUACGAAUUCAAAGCAGAUGCCCUGUUUGAUUUCUUCUACUGGUUUGGGCUCAGCAAUUCCACCGUGAAGGUGCACGGAAAGGUUCUGAACUUGACAAGCACAAACCCAGAAAAAAAAGAAACGAUUAAGUUAUUUCUGGAAAAAAUGAGCGAACCUUUAAUCCGAAGAAGUAGUUUCUCCAAUCGGAAAUUUAGCGUCACAUCUAGAGGUUCAAUUGAUGAUGUUUUUAACUGCAACCUGUCACCCAGAUCAUCAGUUACAGAACCACUUUUGGCAGAAUUCUCAUUUCCAAGUGUUCUGGAAUCUGAAGAGACAUCCAACCAACUUAUCUGAUUGUUCCGAACAUUCCAACUGCUGGCCUUUGGAGGUCUGUGGCAGACAGUGGGUUGAAGGGUAAGAGGAGGCAGGGGUAGACAUUUCCAUCCCUUUGCCAGCCUCUGGCCCUCCACGGUUCUAUAGAGGACUCCCUUUACCACUUUCCUAGACGCGGUGCCCUGGCAGGCCCAGUGGCUUCCCUUGGGUGUGUGAUUAUGGGAUGGAAGGACUUUGUCUCUAUGGCAUAGGGUGUCAUCGAGCACUUCUCUAGAGAAUCUGAGGAAUUCUCAGAGGCAACCACCCGUGAGCUUUGCUUAGCACUGUGGCACUCUGAAGACCUUCCUGGCGACCUGCAUGGGAAGCAUCUGACUGGGGUGUUAACCAGUGGCGUUUCCUGGACCACAGAAUGGCCCUCUGCAGCCAGCAGUCCCAGCAAGCCUCGGGGUUAAGCUUUUUUUCUGGCAAAUGCCCAUAUUUCCCUGAGAAACAAGUCUGAUGUCCAUCCUGCUAGUGGGAUGAAAGGUCAAGAUACUGUCUGCUGAGGGAUCUCUGCAGGCCACCAGGACGAGCCUCCCAGAAACAGAAAGCCAGGUGGUACCCAGUCAACCAGUGGCAAGAGAGAAUCCUCCUCCUGCGGGUACACCCACCAAGUUGGUGUUUGAAAUUCAAGUUAGCAAUCUUAAUAUGAAUAGAAGAGCCGAGGGAAACUAAGCCAUUACUACUGCACUUUCUGCCUCUCCCAGCUCCAGGGGGAUUCACUGAAAGGGAAAAAAAUAUCAUCCAAUCUACAUAUAAAAGUUUGUGUGAGCAGUCAGGCCUGGUGCCUGUAAUUCUAUCGAAGGAGGCAUUCAGGACCAUCCUUGGCUACACGGGAGUUCAAGGCCAGCUUGCUCUCUUAACACAGAAGACUGUCUAAUAAAAACAAACCAGCACCAUUGCACAGGUGAAUGCCUGCGUAUACUCAUAAGAAGGUAGAUUUAUGAGCCUCUUGAAGCAUCUUUUCUGUCCUUCUAAAAAUGUAUUCCCACGCUACAAAUUUUGAUAGCAAUGUUGAUGGCCAGUCAUUUGUAUCUGAGAUGCUACCUAGUACAUAUGCACAAUUAAAAAGUUUUCUUAGCAUUCAA